AUGUCUUCGACUCGGGUAUUACGGCAUCGCGCCUUGGGAAAUGCCCAUGCGCCUUUGCUUAGAAGCUCACAACGACUGAGAAAGCAAUCCUCACGACAAUUCUCCUCCUCUCGCCCCUCACACGCUCCCUUUGGCACGCGUCUAAGAAGUGCCCUUCGCGAUACAAAAGUCGUCUGGAAGCCAAUCCCCAUUGGUCUGGGUGUCGCCUUCCUCGGCGCUUUCCAAUUCUACCGUACACAAGCCCGUCAGAGCGACGAAGAAAAGGCUCGUCAGCAGGCCGAACUGGAAGAUGGAGGAAAGGCUCCCAAGAGAGAGCGCAUCAGACCUUCUGGUCCCUGGCAGGUCCAGAUCAUGUCGACUCUACCGUUGAAGGCCAUGUCUCGCAUCUGGGGCCGCUUCAACGAACUCGAGAUUCCAUACUACCUCCGCGUGCCAGGCUUCAAGCUUUACGGCUGGAUCUUUGGUGUCAACUUUGACGAGAUCAACGAGCCCGACCUGCACGUCUUUCCCAACCUGGCCUCCUUCUUCUACCGUACCCUCAAGCCCGGCGCUCGUCCUCUAGACCCCAACCCCAAUGCUCUCCUCAGUCCCGCAGACGGCAAAGUCAUUCAAUUCGGCACAAUCGACAACGGCGAAGUCGAACAAGUAAAAGGCGUAACCUACUCUCUCGACGCCCUCCUCGGCUCCCAGAAACCCACUCGCGCAACUCCAAACCCUCAGCCCAGCAAAGACCGCAGCAAGUCUGCCGAUCAAGAAAUCAUCCGCGCAGAUGAGGAGUUCGCAAAAGUGAACGGCAUCUCCUACACCCUGCCCAACCUCUUCUCGGGACCCGAAAGCAAGGAUACCCCCAAGACAGCCACAGAAGACCAGUCCACUCCCGCAAGAGCAAGUUCAGAACAAGAAGUCCGCGACUCCCUCGCUCUAGGCGAUGGCAGCACCGCCCAAGACAACUGGUGGCAACCAAUCUCAACACCCACCCGUCCCACAGCCCUCUACUACGCAGUAAUCUACCUCGCCCCCGGCGACUACCACCGCUUCCACUCCCCCUGCUCCUGGGUCGUAGAAUCCCGCCGCCAUUUCGCCGGUGAACUCUUCUCCGUCUCCCCAUACCUCCAACGCACCCUCCCCGGUCUCUUUACCCUAAACGAACGUGUCGUCCUCCUCGGUCGCUGGCGCUACGGUUUCUUCUCCUACACCCCUGUCGGCGCGACAAACGUCGGCAGUAUCAAGAUCAACUUUGACAAGGAAUUACGCACUAAUUCGCUGACUACGGAUACAGCAGCCGAUCGCGCUGCUGCUGCUGCCAAGGAGCAGAAUUUGCCUUAUUCGGGCUUUGCGGAGGCGACUUAUAAUGGUGCUUCUGCGCUUUUGCAUGGGCAACCGUUGAAGAGGGGUGAGGAGAUGGGUGGGUUCCAAUUGGGAAGUACAAUUGUCUUGGUGUUUGAAGCUCCCAAGGGAAGAAGACCUAGUUUUGAUGAAGGUUGGGGUGAGGCUAGUGGGGUGGGUGAGGACAGAAGGGGUGGUUGGAGGUGGAACAUUAAGCCUGGGCAAUAUGUGCAGGUUGGUCAGGCUAUUGGAUGGGUUGGUGAUGAGCAAAAGGAAGCUUGA